AUGGAUUCCAUGCGCAGCCUCAACACCUCGUUGCCCAGGACACGAAGACGUCAACCGACCCCGCAGCCCGACACCCACAAAGCGUUCAAGGACACGGCGUUGACCGUCACCAACCUGUACAGGACCGCCCUUGCAGAUAUUGAACGUUCUCGCUCAGAUGGCUACCAGCAGGCGCUGGACGACCUCCUCGGAUUCUUGGAUAAAGAGAAUCUCGGUGUAGGAGACGGAGAAGGAUGGCGCAUUAGGCAAUGGGCCACGGAGCGCCUAGACGGAGCGCUGCUAGUGAAUUCGACCAGCGACACGGACGAGGACAUACCCGAAGAACAACGAGCACGCAGUUCCUCGCCGGUCGUAGAGCAUGUCCCUGAGGAGAACCAUUCCGUCACACCCGAGCCAACCUCUCGCAGCGACUCAGCUCCUCCAGCCGCCACAGAGUCAGCCAAUUCCGACACGGACAUGGCACCGCUCCCGCCCAUGUUUCACUUCGCCUCACCUCAAGUCUACCCAGCAAACAACAACAUGGACAACGCUACUUACGAUUUCGCCGCCGCUGCUCGUCGUGCCUUCCCCACGACCCGCCGAAACUCCAACAGGUCGUCCUCUCGAAGCCUGCAACGCUCGGCGGCUCAAAAUCUCGUCUCUCUAGGCAAUGGCGCCGGUCAGAAACGAAAGCUCAUGAACGACUUCUUCAAUGUAGACUUCAACCACGACAGACGGGACAGGGAAGGCCCUGGCGGUGGCCCUAAGAAGGGACGGAUGACCUGA